CCCAAACUCACCCUAUGUGUAACCCUACCACUCAUCAAUCAUCAUUUAGGAAAAUCGCCAUAAACGUUUUUAUAGUAAAACAGGUAUGGUGUUAGACAAAACAUGGAUUUAUACUCCAUAAAAUACUUGGAAUAGGAGAUAAUGCUUUCAUAAGCCUGGAACGAGAGGCGAGACUCGAUAGCCUCAGUUGCUAUGCAGCGGCCAGCAAUUGGUCAUCUCUUUUGAUUCUCUAUUUUGCAAUCAGAUGAGGAACAGAGCACCAACCACACAACCUACCAAAAAAAGGUAAAUCCAAAUGGUAUAAUCUCCUUUAUUGCUGAUUAACUCACUCUCAUUCAGCCAAACUUGCUUUAAUACUUGUUUACUUCAUUGAAUCGCUGCGUGCUUGCUCCUGCCUUCAAAAAUCAAAAUCAAAGGGGAAAACUCCAUGUUGCUUGCUGCCUUGCUUCAGUCUGAGCUUUGGCACUUUGGCAGGGGUUGAUCCAUGGCACUUUCCAGUUCUCCAGACUGGUGGUCUGUGGCAUGGAUUCCUUGCAACUCCUCAAAGGAACUCAGCACUAGCAGAAGAACUCCAUUGUGCUCUCUCCCCUGCUUCAACUCCCGAGAUCUCAACCUCAUUGCAGCUAGAUCCUCUAUUUGUCCAUCCCCGCUUUUUGAAGACAAUAAUGCACUAUCACCUGCCUCCAAGUCCCAACCCACAAUAAUGGAUCUCACCCUCUCCGAAUACCAGUCUGAAGAUCUGAACAACAUCAUCUUUAGAUUGAUAAAAAACCCUCAGACUGCAGAAAGUGGGAGUGAUUUUUAUGUGAAAGCCAAGGGAAAUCCCGGGUUUAUCCCUGAAAAAUCAACCCUCACUCUUCUUACUAGGUACUUCAUGAGAUUGAGUAAAUGGAGCUCAAUCUCUUCAUUGGCUCAAGAUUUUCGGACAUUCAAUGUAAUCCCUGAUAGUGGCACAUAUUGUAGACUGAUUAGUAGCUGUGUUAAAGCUAGGAAGUUCAAAAUUGUAAAUACUUUGCUUGAAUCUGCCUUUUUUCACCAAGAGACGCCUCUUGCCUUUGAACAUGCCAUGAGAGGCUACAACAAACUCCAUAUGUACAGUACCACUGUUCUGUUGUAUCAAAGGAUGAAAAGUGGUGGGCUUGUUCUGGAGCCUGGGUGCUAUUGCACCAUCAUGGAGGCAUAUCACAAUAUGAGACAGUAUGAAGAAGUUGUUUCGCUCUUCCAAGAGUUUAAGCAUAGAAGAAGACUGGAGUCCACACAAUAUCAUUCAAAGAUUUACCUUUGUUUAUGCAAUUCUCUGGGCAAAAUGGGGCGCACUUCCGAAUCCCUCGACCACUUCAGGGAAAUGACAAGCAAAGGAGUUCCGGAGGAUCAUAACUUUUACUCAUCCCUAAUAUCCGCUUUCGCGACAUUCAGAGAAGUAAAAAUGGCAGAGGAGCUUUUGGAAGAAGCAGUGAGCAAGAAAAUGCUGAGUAGGGAUCCCUCUCUGUUUAUGAAACUUCUGUUGAUGUACAUUGACGAGGAGGGAAUGCUAGAAAAGGCCCUUUCUGUCAUUUCUUUGAUGAAACGGUUAAAUGUUAGGGUUUCCGAUUGCAUUUCUUGCGCCAUUGUGAACGCUUUCUCGAGAAAAUUAGGGCCUGAAGAAGCCGUGAGGGUCUUUGAAGAAGAGCUUCAAUUUGAGGGGUGUGAGCCUGGCCAGGUGACUUGUGCUUUGAUUUUAAACAUAUACUGCCGAAUCAAAUUAUAUUCAAAGGCAGAAGCGGCUUUUGCAGAUAUGGAGCAAAAGGGGUUUGUCAGUUGUAGUGUUUCAUACUCUACCAUGAUCAAUAUGUAUGGAAAAACUGGAAGGCAUAGAGAAGCAAUGAUGAUUUUGGCUAAGAUGAAAAAGAGAGGAUGCAAGCCCAACGUUUGGAUAUACAAUUCUCUCUUGGACAUGCACGGGAAUCCAUUGAACUUGAGGCAAGUGGAGAAGACAUGGAAAGAGAUGGAGAGGCGGGGAGUGUUGCCCGACAGAGUUAGUUACACAAGCAUUAUAAGUGCGUACAACAAGGCCAAGGACUACCAGAGAUGUGUGGAAUACUAUAAUGACUUUAGGAAGCUAAAGAACGGUGAUGGGAAGAUUGAUAGGGCAAUUGGUGGGCUAAUGGUUGGGGUUUUUUCAAAGAUGAAUAGAGGUGAGGAGUUGGUUAAAGUGUUGCAGGAGAUGAAGAAGGAAGAGGCUGAGCUAGAUGAGAGGCUCUACUGGUCGGCUUUAAAUGCUCUCAUAGAAGCUGGGCUGGAAAGUCAUGCCAAAUGGUUGCAAGAUAGCUUUGUUAUAACAUGAUCCAUACAUCUCAAGUCUCAACAUACAUCAAAUGUGCUUGGAUCCAUAUAAGUUUGUGAUAUGCAACGUUUUCGGGGUGACAUGUUCAUCAAAUUUAAUGGGUGGCAAGUUAGUUUAGUUUAACCUUUGUGAUAUGUGAUGAAGAAAAUAUGAAGAAGUCACAUAAAUUUGUCUUGGGAGUCUAAAAUAAUUUGUACUAAGUUCGCUUAUUAAACUUCUAAUCGUCCGUAGUAUUAUUAUUUAUUAUUUGAUUAUGACUUAUUGACUUCAACAACUCAUGUGUUGACUUGUACUUUAAUUCUACAUGUAGAUUCAUAAGUGUAUGUUUUUUUAUUUACAUUUAC